GCUAUGCAGUCGCUUCAAAAUCCCUUCUGCUUCAUUCUGCAGGUUCGUAAAUACCCAUCUUUUCACGUUAAACGAUCCUGUAAUGGCUUUCUGCUGCUCCUCCAGUGCCCGCUGGUUUUUCUUAGAAUUGCUUAUAUGUGUGUUCACGUUUUUAAGUUACUUUUGUUGUCUGGGGACGUUGAAUUAAACCCCGGCCCUAUCACUAACGCUGAUAUUCUGGCUGCCAUUGCUGAACAGUCUUCUAAAAACGAUGCGCGUCAUACCGAAAUGGUUGACAUGCUAAAUCAGGUCAAAGAUAACCAGCAUCAGCUAGAACUAAAAGUGUUAGACAUCAAUUCAAGACUUGCAGCAGUCGAAUCACUUGUAGAAUUACUAGAUGUGCCAAAGCAUCCUACUGAACUGUCUAAUGUUGUUAGUGAGGCCGUCCGAGGCGAAACUACCGUUCUGAAUUCAAGACUUAAUGAGCUUGAAGAUAGAUCCCGUCGUGACAAUUUACUUUUCUACGGUAUCGCCGACACCCUUUCCGAAGACUGGUCGCAGUCAGAAUCUCAUAUCCGCGAUAAUCUUUCCACAAUGUUAGGACUAGAUCUACCUGGCGAGGCAAUAUCCCGUGCUCACAGAUUAGGCUCAUACUCAACUAAUAAAUGCCGGCCAAUAAUUGUUAAAUUCUCUUCCUCUAAAUUCAAGGCGAAUGUGUUUUCUCAGCGUUUUAAGUUGAAAGGAACAGGAAUUUCAGUCGGUGAGGAUUUCUGUCCGGCUACGCGGCAGUUACGUAAAAAGUUAAUCGAUUUCGGUAAAGGCACCGGUCAGAGGUUCUCGCUCAAACUAAACAGGCUGCACGUUAAUCAAAAGGUGUAUACUUACUGCCCUGUAACAGAUUGUGUUUGCGAAGUGACUCCUAGUCACGCUCGUGAAGCUAACAACGCCGCGUCUCUCUCUCCGGGUGCCAAUAAUACAGUUUCCGCGCCGCAACCGGGCAUCGAUAACGCAGUUUCCGCACCUGGUGCAAGCAAUUAUAAUUCACACGCGUCAUCAACAUAACUAUGUAAAGGCCCGGCGACUAACGCUAUCUCAAUAUUGUAUUCUAACGUGCGAAGCGUGUGCAACAAACGCGACGCUUUGUCAUCUCUUAUCGACACGUGUACAGCUGAUAUUGUUAUCCUGACCGAAACGUGGCUUUCUAGUAAAAUUGCUGACAGUGAAAUUUUUGAGUGUGAAGGUAUGUACAAAUUUUAUCGUUUCAAUCGUGACUCGCGCUCAGGUGGCGGUGUUCUUAUCGCUGUUCGUGAUUCUAUAAUAUCGAGCGUUAUACCACUUAACCUAUCAUUAGAGUUCGUGUGUGCCCGUGUACAUGUCAGAAACAAGGAUUUUAUUUUUUGCGCCUGCUAUCGACCCCCCGCUUCGUCUAGUACAUUUUGCUCUGAGCUUCACGAUGUCUUAAAUAGAUUGGUAGUACGGUUUCCUUCUUCGUCUUUGCUUCUUCUGGGGGAUUUUAAUUUUCCCACAAUUAACUGGAAAAGUGACACCCCCACAGUAAGUGAUCACUCAUUACAGGCUCUUUCGUUUCUAAGCCUUUGUCUUGAUUUUAAUUUAAAGCAACUUGUACAAGAGCCUACACGAUGUUCAUCUCAUUCUUCCAAUGUAUUAGAUCUCAUUCUCACUACAACCCCUGAGCUUGUGUCUCCCUUAACAUACUUACCAGGUUUAAGUGACCAUUGUGUUAUUCAGUUCGACCUGCAGGCAUCUGCUUCCUCAUAUAAAGCAUUUAAGAUUAUUCGUGACUACAAAAAUGCCGAUUUUGUUUCAAUUAAUAAUGAAUUAGACACGUUUCUAACUGAUUACAUCUCACGUUUUCAUACGCGAACGGUUGAAGAAAAUUGGUCUCUCUUCAAGCAAAAAGUGAGUGACCUAACUGACCAGUACAUCCCUCU